AUGUCGUCAAAAGCUGCCACAAGCGAUUCAGAUCCAGCCGCAACAGCGGGUUACUACAGGCUACAUCAAGGCAAUAGACAGAUAUCCAAACAACCCAUGACGGCACAGUCGUCAGAGAGCUUCACCCAACUUCUGUUCCAAAACGAGCGUAUUCAAGUCUACGACUUUCGACUGCCCCCAGGCGAGAGCGUCACAGUGGUGCAUGAGCUACCGACCAUUCGAUGGCAGGUCGAUGAGGGGCAUCACGGUCUCGUCGUCACACAACCACCACAAGAGGGUGGUCACUCCUCCGACAAAAAGGAAGAAGAUGAGAUUGUGCCUGAUCGAAAAGUAUUUUUUGUUUCCCCAGGCACUCAGUGGACACUGAAAAACAUUGCUGCCUCUACAGCCAAGGAAACAGGGACCUAUCGGCAGAUUUUGUUUGUCCUUCAAAGUGAUGAGCCCAAGUAUUCCGAACAACAAGUGCAGGAUUUACUCAAGGAAGCCAUAUAUACAACAGCCGUUGGAACAGCACUUCUGUUGGAAAAUGAACUCUGCCGUGUAUGGGACUUCUAUCUGGAACCAGGAGAAGGCGGUGGAUCCGAUACUGUGCAUCAUCAUUGCCUUGACUAUGUGUUUAUAAAUGUGGCCCCCUCAAGGUUGUUGG